UCCUCUGUGUCCCUGGGUUUAGUCUUGCCCCCUUGGCUCUCAGAUUGUGGCUUCCAGAGCCCUGGUGCUUCAGGGGAGGGUCGAUUUAUUUUCCUAAAACUCGUAAAAGGAACGAGUUGAUGGGCACCCAGGAGUGUCGAAGUAUGAGAGUUGGUAAAAGGUGAGACUAAAGCACCUUUCUGCAGAACACACCUGUUGCCCGUUGCUCGGCUGCAUUGUCUGCGAAAGGAAAGAGGGCGACGCCUCACUCUGACUUUUGGGGUCCCUGAAGGGCUGGGUCACGGCUACCCUUUCCUUUUCCCUCCCCUCCCCACGCACCACGUCCUCCCUCGCACGUGAGCCCUGCGAGGAAAGAAGGAAACACAGAAAAUAGGCCCUCCUUACUCUCUUCCACUUUGGAGAGUGUGUGUGUUGGGGCGCGGGGGUGGGAUAUGCUAGAGGAGAAGGCCAGGGACAGGAAAAGAGAGAAAAGGGGGAUGCGCUGGACUAGGGAAAUCCCACGCCAAUUGUAGGAGCCCUCUGAGCGUCUCCUGUCCUGGGACAUCUGCACUCGCUUCCGCUAACGGGGGUGGCAGUCGUGGGUGGAUGAGGUUAGGGCGCUGCCAGGCACGCCCCAUCUCGUGCGAUUCCAGGUGCUGGUACCUGGCCCACGCUUGGGUUCCCUUCCGCCGGGCUUUUGUUGCACCUUCUCCCACGUGUGAGCUGCUGGGCGGCAGCGGUGGCGCGGGGGGUUGGUGGGGGGAAGGUGAGGUGAGAUGUCGAGGCGCUGCGGGUUGCGCGGACCUGACUGGAGAGGUCACACCUCUUUCGGAAAAAGAAAAAAACCUAGCUGGCUACCAAGGUGAACCCUGAACAGUUCCCACCUUAAAAUCGGCCCUGCUCGUGACGUCAGGUCGGAAAUAUACCAAAGCGAGCGCUGGCCAGGAGUCUGGGGAGAGCGGCCGCGCGGCGAUUGGGCGGCGGGCCGCUGACGCGCGCUGACGCGCGGAGACUUUAGGUGAAUGUUGGCAGCGGCAGCGCGAGCCACAUAAACAAAGGCACAUUGGCGGCCAGGGCCAGUCCGCCCGGUGGCUCGCGCUAGGCUCCGCGGUCCCGCUCGCCUGCCCAGCCGGCCGCCUUCCCCUGCUCCCUACCCGCUCUCGGUGCCGCAAUUCCCUUCGCCCCUCUCGCCCACCCCUCCCCGACCCUGCCACCCAGACUCCCGGAGGGAACUACACUUCGGCCGAGUUGAAUGAAUGAAGAGAAACGCAGAGAACUCCUAAGUGAGUAGGGAGGAGAUCUGACAGGCUGGGCUCUCCACUGCUCUUCUAAAAAUCUUGGAAACUUUGUCCUUCAUUGAAUUACGACACUGUCCACCUUUAAUUUUCUCCAAAACGCCUGUAACUCGGCUGAAGCCAUGCCUUGUGUUCAGGCGCAGUAUGGGUCCUCGCCUCAAGGAGCCAGCCCCGCUUCUCAGAGCUACAGUUACCACUCUUCGGGAGAAUACAGCUCCGAUUUCUUAACUCCAGAGUUUGUCAAGUUUAGCAUGGACCUCACCAACACUGAAAUCACUGCCACCACUUCUCUCCCCAGCUUCAGUACCUUUAUGGACAACUACAGCACAGGCUACGACGUCAAGCCACCUUGCUUGUACCAAAUGCCCCUGUCCGGACAGCAGUCCUCCAUUAAGGUAGAAGACAUUCAGAUGCACAACUACCAGCAACACAGCCACCUGCCCCCACAGUCCGAGGAGAUGAUGCCGCACUCCGGGUCCGUUUACUACAAGCCCUCCUCGCCCCCGACGCCCACCACCCCGGGCUUCCAGGUGCAGCACAGCCCCAUGUGGGACGACCCAGGCUCCCUGCACAACUUCCACCAGAACUACGUGGCCACUACCCACAUGAUCGAACAGAGGAAAACGCCGGUCUCCCGCCUUUCCCUCUUCUCCUUUAAGCAGUCGCCCCCCGGCACCCCCGUGUCUAGCUGCCAGAUGCGCUUCGAUGGGCCCCUGCACGUCCCCAUGAACCCGGAGCCAGCGGGCAGCCACCACGUGGUGGACGGGCAGACCUUCGCCGUGCCCAACCCCAUCCGAAAGCCCGCGUCCAUGGGCUUCCCUGGCCUGCAGAUCGGCCACGCGUCGCAGCUGCUCGAUACGCAGGUGCCCUCCCCGCCGUCGCGGGGCUCCCCCUCCAAUGAAGGGCUGUGCGCUGUGUGCGGCGACAACGCGGCCUGCCAGCACUACGGCGUGCGCACCUGUGAGGGCUGCAAAGGGUUCUUUAAGCGUACGGUGCAAAAAAACGCGAAAUACGUGUGUUUAGCAAAUAAAAACUGCCCAGUGGACAAGCGGCGCAGGAAUCGCUGUCAGUACUGCCGGUUUCAGAAGUGCCUGGCUGUUGGGAUGGUCAAAGAAGUGGUUCGCACCGACAGUUUAAAAGGCCGGAGAGGUCGUUUACCUUCCAAACCGAAGAGCCCACAGGAGCCCUCUCCCCCUUCGCCCCCGGUGAGUCUGAUCAGUGCCCUCGUCAGGGCCCAUGUCGACUCCAACCCGGCUAUGACCAGCCUGGACUAUUCCAGGUUCCAGGCGAACCCUGACUAUCAGAUGAGUGGAGAUGACACCCAGCAUAUCCAGCAAUUCUAUGAUCUCCUGACUGGCUCCAUGGAGAUCAUCAGGGGCUGGGCGGAGAAGAUCCCGGGCUUCGCUGACCUGCCCAAAGCUGACCAAGACCUGCUUUUUGAAUCGGCUUUCUUAGAACUAUUUGUGCUGCGAUUAGCCUACAGGUCCAACCCAGUGGAGGGUAAACUCAUCUUUUGCAAUGGGGUGGUCUUGCACAGGUUGCAAUGUGUUCGUGGCUUUGGGGAAUGGAUUGAUUCCAUUGUUGAAUUCUCCUCCAACUUGCAGAAUAUGAACAUCGACAUUUCUGCCUUCUCCUGCAUCGCUGCCCUGGCUAUGGUCACAGAGAGACACGGUCUCAAGGAACCCAAGAGAGUGGAGGAGCUGCAAAACAAGAUUGUAAAUUGUCUCAAAGACCAUGUGACUUUCAAUAAUGGGGGCUUGAACCGUCCCAACUAUUUGUCCAAACUGUUGGGGAAGCUCCCAGAACUCCGUACACUUUGCACACAGGGGCUACAGCGCAUUUUCUACCUGAAACUGGAAGAUUUGGUACCACCACCAGCAAUAAUUGACAAACUUUUCCUGGACACUUUACCUUUCUAAGACCUCCUUCCAUGCACUUCAGAGAAACUGGAAAGAAACCUAAAACUGUCCAGAGGGGGCAAGUGACAAGGGCAGAGAGAUCCCCCUGAGCUGUCUCAGCUCUAGUCAGCCCCCUCCCCUUCCAUACACCCUGACCCUUGAUCCCUAAAGAAAAAAAGAGAAACAACAAAAAAAAACACAAAAAACUGUUGCUAUUUCCUAACCUGCAGGCAGAACCUGUAAGGGCAUUUUGGCUCCGGGGCAUCUUGGAUUUAGAACACGGACUACACACAGUACUGUGGUAUAAACUUUUUAUUAUCAGUUUAAAAAUCAUUUUAUUGUUCAGAAGGAAGAUUGCUAAUGUAUGACGGAAAACAUUUGGCCACAUUUGGUUGUUGCAGUUAAAAUAAAUGUAAUACACAUACACACACACACACACGUUGUAAGAGGACCCACAAGUAUUGCCCUUUAAAAGAUUUCAAAGUUUUCUGCUGUAAAGAAAGCUGUAAUAUAUAGUAAAACUAAAUGUUAUGUGGGUGGCAUGAGUUGAAGAAGGCAGAGGCUUGUAAAUUUAUCCAAUGCAGUUUGGCUUUUUAAAUUAUUUUGUGCCUAUUUAUGAAUAAAUACUACAAAUUCUAAAAGAUAAGUGUGUUUGCAAAAAAAAAAAAAAAGAAAUAACUACUCAAAAAAGGGACAAGCAUGUGAUUCUAGGUUGAAAAUGUUAUAGGCACUUGCUACUUCAGUAAUGUCUAUAUUAUAUAAAUAGUAUUUCAGACACUAUGUAGUCUGUUAGAUUUUAUAAAGAUUGGUAGUUACCUGAGCUUAAACAUUUUCUCAAUUGUAAAAUAGGUGGGCACAAGUAUUACACAUCAGAAAAUCCUGACAAAAGGGACACAUAGUGUUUGUAACACCGUCCAACAUUCCUUGUUUGUAAGUGUUGUAUGUACCGUUGAUGUUGAUAAAAGAAAGUUUAUAUCUGGAUUAUUUUGUUGUCUAAAGCUAAACAAAACUUGCAUGCAGCAGCUUUUGACCGUUUCCAGAGUGCUUAUAAUAUACAUAACUCCCUGGAAAUUACUGAGCACUUUGAAUUUUUUUUUAACGUCUAAGAUUGUCAGUUAAUAUAUUAUUUUAUGUUUGAGUAAGAAUUUUAAUAUUGCCAUAUUCUGUAGUAUUUUUCUUUGUAUAUUUCCAGUAUGGCACAUGAUAGGAAUCACUGCCUUUUUUUCUAUGGUGUAUGACAGUUAGAGAUGCUGAUUUUUUUUUCCUGAUAAAUUCUUUCUUUGAGAAAGACAAUUUUAAUGUUUACAACAAUAAACUAUGUAAAUGAA